CUCAAGUCUUUCCGCGCGGCGGCAAGACGUCAGGCCGAUGUGGACGCCUCACCAACAAAGAGGCCUCUGUGGCCGCCAUUUCUUGGCCGCAGGAGCUGUCCUGCUCGUUGUGGCCCAGAGCAUAUUUUCAGAGGGGCUCCUGUCCUUUGUUUCGGCUCCCACCGGAACUCAUGGGCUCCUGGCGCGGGGCACUGCCGUAGACUCGGCCACGGCACGCAGUGUCUAUUGGAGGUGGGUCGAGCCUACAGUGCCUGAGGAGCUGGUUGAGUCUGCAAAGGAAGAAGGUUUUCGGCUGCGACCAACGUACAGCCACAUGAAGAUCGGCUAUGUUGUUUCUGACAAGCAAAAGAAGACCCGGGUGGCUUUGAUUGAGUACUACCUCUUCAAUGCCAAGUAUGGCGGGUGGUACAAGCGCUCCAAAAAGAAGCACUUCCACGAUGAGUAUGAGCUCUCCAAGUUGGGCGAUGUGGUGCUCAUAGCUCCCUACAGGAAACGCAGCAACAUGAAGUGGUACCGAUUGAUUGAGGUGAUGCGCAAGAAUGAUGCUCCAGAGCAUGUGUGAGGCGCAAAACAAGGCACGAAGCUGCGAAACAUUGAAUCCUCCGAGCCGAUCAAACAAA